UGACGCAGCAGCGGCCAUCUUAUUCCUGUGUGUCUGGCGUUCGCUGUUUGUUGCUCCUGGGCCGAGCGGACGCUCCUUCCGCAGCCUUCUCGGCCUAGAGCGCCCUAGGUCACUCGGAGUCGCUUCGAGAUAGUCAAGGUGUUUUCGUUAGUCUGUGCCUGGUUUAUCGGCUAGAUCGCUGCGUGACAUCGAGGCCUUCGCCCGUGCUUUCGUUACCUCUUCCUCACCGGCCACCGUCACAGCGCGCCCUCGGUUAGGACUAUGGGUGGGUCGGGGUGUAGAAGGGUGUGUAGCCCGCUUAGCGGCGCAGCUCUCAUGCAGCGGGGUCCGUUGGGGGCCCUGGUCUUGUCUUGACAUGGAUCCCCCUGGAGCAGUCAGCACCGCCAGCCUCCCCUGCAGAGACAGCUGCCCCGGAGUCCCGACACCCGCACACCGCCUCCCUCAGACACCUUCCCAGACAUGACAGACAGCCGGCGUGGCUAGGACACCUGAGAGAGCGAGACACCGCACUUGAAUCAGUCGCGACCCAUUUUCCACACGGUUGAGAUUUACUGAACCCUCGAGGGCUGAGUGUCCCCAGCAGCCCGCACCCCCUUAGUGCCGUAAACCGGUGUUCUUUUGUCGCCUGUUACCGCGACAUGGCGACUUUAACGCCUCAUCGUUGAUUUACCCAAAUAUAGGGAAGGUUUUAGACUCUUUGUGACAGCUAGGCCUCGACACUUGGCUCCCUCUUGACAGCGCGACCCCUGUCCUAUUUACUCCCUGGCAUCAUGCUGUCCCUAACCAGGGGAUGUCACAUGGGCCUACUCUCUGCCCUCAUCCCCGAUACUGUGGGACCCCUUAACAUGUGCCGUGAACACCCCCAACGCACAUAUCACACAGGGAAAUAAUAGACAUUUGCACCUAGUUAGAAGCUUUACGCAGGAAGAGGGUGUUCGCCUGAAGCAACUUGUCAUUUUAGGGCUCUAUGAUGCGGUCUUGGCUUAGAAUAAUCACUUUUUUUUCCUUUUGAUCAGGGAGGUUUAGAUAACAUGCCUUUUGAGGAUGGCAUUCGAUUUUAUGGUACACGAGAAUAACCGGGAACAACUUUACUUUAUCAGCGGCGUACCCUUGGCAUUUUAACUGAUGUCUUUUUCUUUUUUGUAUUUUUUAUUAAAAUGCCUUCUUUCGUUUCAUCAGAAAAUAAUGCCGUGGCUGUGCGGCCCUUUGUGUUUAUCCUGGUAGAUACACAAGCUUGUCAGAAGUUGCCUAUAUAGCACUUUGGGUUUCGUUGGCCUGUCGAUUUAACGCUCUAAGAGGUGGUAACAAUGGCUUGUUUCUGUUAAACCGGUGACAAGCAGAGAAAAAACGGUAACUUGUAAUUAGUGACGGGCUUCGUAGGUGCGGGCGCCAGCCGCGUGUUAAAUACAAUAAAAAAAAAAAAAAAUGGGGGACCCAAACUCUCGCAAGAAGCAGGCUCUGAACAGACUGCGCUCUCAGCUGAGGAAGAAGAAAGAGUCUCUAGCUGACCAGUUUGACUUCAAGAUGUAUAUCGCCUUUGUGUUCAAAGACAAGAAAAAGAAGUCUGCUCUGUUCGAAGUUGCUGAUGUGAUACCAGUGAUGACCAAUAACUAUGAAGAAAAUAUUCUGAAAGGCGUGCGGGAUUCCAGCUAUUCUUUGGAAAGUUCACUUGAACUUCUGCAGAAGGAUGUAGUACAGCUUCAUGCACCUCGCUACCAGUCCAUGCGCAGGGAUGUAAUUGGUUGCACUCAGGAGAUGGACUUUAUUCUUUGGCCUCGGAAUGAUAUUGAGAAGAUAGUCUGUCUCCUCUUCUCCAGAUGGAAAGGGUCUGAGGAGCCCUUCAGGCCUGUCCUGGCCAAGUUUGAAUUUCAUCAUGGUGAUUAUGAAAAACAUCUUAUGCACGUCCUGAGCCGGAAGGACAAGACUGGGAUUGUUCUAAACAAUCCAAACCAGUCCAUGUUCCUCUUCAUUGAUAGACAGCACUUGCAGACUCCUAAAAGCAAAACCACAAUCUUCAAGUUAUGCAGCAUCUGCCUGUACCUGCCACAGGAGCAGCUCACCCACUGGGCGGUCGGCACGAUUGAGGAUCACCUCCGCCCAUACAUGCCAGAAUAAGGUGGACCAGUCAGACUGGGAAGAUCAGAUACGAGCAGCAAUCUCGCUUCCUUCUCCGGAUUCCAGAAGAAUAUGGACUCAUGCUCAGAACACUUGUUUGUUGUGAACCUUCAUGCUGGAUAUUUAUUUUUCCUUCAUUUUGUAUCAGAACUUUUUUUUUCUUUUUUUCUGUUUUUUUUUAAUUUUCCUUCUGCAUGGACCUUGUGACGAGAGGAUGUUCUGCAACAUCUUUUGCUUUAGCCUCUGGAAAACAAAAAAAACAAAACAAAAUGUGAAACGAUGGGACACUGAAUCAAAUGUAUCAGAAAGCACAAGGUAUUAUUUAUUUAGUGGUCUUCCCAUUUGCACUGGUCAUACCCCCUAACAUCUUUUAGAAUGUUAGACAGCAGUAUUGAGGGUGAGGGGGUGAAACAUGAAUGUAAUGGGUGCUGAAGCUUUAUGGCUUUAGCAGAAAACGAAAGCACUAUAUGACUAAUUUAAAUGAAUGCAUGUGGUUUUGCAGCAGUAGAAUGAAAUCCAGUUCAUUUAGCAUUUGCUUUCAUGUCUUAGUUCAUUUUCCCGAGCUGAGAAUGUACUGGCACCUUUUUAAAAUGUUGAUCUCUAUUCCAGAUUGCUGCGUACCUUCCGGUGUAUCCCCCCCUGUGGGGUAUAUACUGAUGUUCUUAAAAUGUAGGAGUCUGCGGUAGCUCUAUUAAAAAAUAAAUGGAAGUCAAAUCCUCGGGCGCUGCAGAAACUGCGUUUCUGGUGAGGAAUCUAGAUAAGCACCUGCCGGUGAACAGUGCGGAUAUUACUUGUUUCUAAAAUAAAAGUAAUAUUUCUAUAAGAAACCCCAUGAUGGGUUCCUGGGGGAAAAAAGUUUUACAAAGCAGUUGCAAACUUAAGUUUGAAGUAUGAAAAUGUUGGUUAAGAUAUCUUUAUUUUGUGCAAUGAAAAUAAGGUUGACUACUGUAUUGCUUAAGAAAGAUUUGCUUAAAAGGAUCCAAAUGCCUUUCCGACAGUGUACAGGCCUGCUCCCUUCGCCUAAUACUAGUGCUUACCUGGUUUAAAUUUGUAUCUAGCUUUUUUUUUUCUUUUGGAAAUUGGAUUACAAUGGAAAUGAAAAUAAAUGAGGUGAAAUCAGA